AUGCAGUCAGUUGGCGUCCUCCUCCUCGUGGGGCUCCUCACCCUCUGGACGGAGCUGCCGGCUGCCUCUGGGCAGAAGAAAGAGAAACCUGGGACCUGCCCACCAGAUAACUUAAGGUGCAUACGGGAAGAACCUGAUGAGUGUGCCAAGGAUUCUGAGUGCAGAGGAAAACAGAAGUGCUGUCAUUACUUUUGUGCCAUGCGAUGUGUGGACCCAGUAAAAAAGAAACCUGGGACCUGCCCACCAGAUAACUUAAAGUGCAUACGGGAAGAACCUGAUGAGUGUGCCAUGGAUUCUGACUGCAGAGGAAAACAGAAGUGCUGUCAUUACUUUUGUGCCAUGCGAUGUGUGGACCCAGUAAAAAGUACGACAUACAGCUAA